UCGUUCGUAAUCCCCAAUCAAGCGCUGAUCGGAGAUUUUCGUUUUCUCCGGCCAAAUUGCAUCGGCGGGGACAAAACUUUCCAAAUGGAUGUUAUCGACAAAUGGGUUGCCGAAUUUUUCCUCCGUCGCCAACACAAUCCUAGGCCUGCCCCUAUGAACCUGCUCUCGGCGCUGAAAUUUGGAGAUUCUCCAGACUGCCUCAAGCUCAAGAUGUCUUCUGUUUUGCGGGACAUCUCCAAUUCAUUGAUCCGAGGUACGUUCGACGAGGGAACGCUUGACCUCCUCGAGAUUCUUGAGAAGCUUCUACUGCAGCAGCAUUCGCUAAUCAUGGAGUCUCAUAAGUCUGCUUAUUGCUGGACGGCUGCUGAGUGCACGCUUAGAUUCAUGUGGCCAUUGUCUGCUUCGGAUGGCUUCUUCACCGACGCCCUUGAGAGGAUAUGGAAGAAGCGGAUUGGGAUUUUGAAGGAAAGUGGGAGCGAUUUGGUGACCAGUGACUUGUUGAAGUGGGAGAAUGAUCUGAAGAAGGCCCUUGAGGAUCCUGAGCUCUAUCAGCGGAUUCGCGAGACUAACAUCAGGUACACUGCCAUCUCCUUUCUCACUCAGCUUCUCAAAGAACAGUGGGCACUGCUUGGGAGUUCCUCUCUUGAAGCAGUAGCCCAGUCUGCCCAGAGGAGGUUUCUUAAGCGCAAGGCUAAGAACAACGUAGAGGACGAUAGUGUUGACAACAGAAGGGCUCGAAAUGCUGUUGAUGAAAGCACGAGGCGUUUGGAGAAUGACACCAUCGAUAACGUCAACGAGCGGCGUGGAGCUGAUGAAGGUGAGGAGGAAAAUGGGAACAAUAGAGAUGUUGAAGGAGUGGGAUGUCUGGAGAAUGAUGGGGUUGAUAAGGUGAUUGAACAGCAUGCAGCAGACGAGGGGCAGUCGAUGUGUGCACAAGAGCAGGAACAUGAGCCAAGUCUUGAUAAGGGGGACAAGACGGCUGCUCGAGAGCUGAAGGAUUAUUUGCUAAAGAUUCAAAGACAUAUCGGCGCUUCGAUUAGGCAAGGGCAAGAACCUAACAGUGCAAUCAAUCGUUCGGUAGAUGUCACUCCUCAGCCUGCUGGGGUUAGUAGGACUGGAAGAGGCGAUCAAGACCAUAACGAAGAACCGGAUAAUGUAAAUGCGAAAGGUUCGGGUAGUCAGGGAACAUGGUCUGGCAGAGCUCGGCCUCGUCUAGCAACCCCUGUACCUCUUAAUGUAUCGCCGUUGAAGAUGGUGAAGUCGCCGGCCAGAAGGCCAAAAAAAUUCUGGACGCCUGAAGAAGUGGAAGCUCUGAGGGAAGGAGUAAAAGAGUAUGGUAGAUCUUGGAAAGAUAUAAAGAAUGCAAACCCUGCAGUAUUCAGGGAGAGGACAGAGGUUGAUCUGAAGGAUAAAUGGAGGAACUUAUUUCGGUAG